UACCAGUUUCAAAUAUCACCGAUAGAUGCUGCUACUGCCAGCUUAACGUACGAGUGACACGUUGUCUCAAUUAUUGCUUUAUUUUUUGAUAUUAGAAAAAUAAAUUUACCGAUGGCUACUCGCUGGGGCAUAGCUUCUGCAGGCAAAAUAAGUCAUGAUUUUGUGACAGCACUGAACACCCUGCCAUCUGAGGAACAUCGUGUGAUAGCUGUUGCUGCUCAACAGCUUGAUCGUGCUAAGACGUUUGCAACCGAGCACAAUAUCCCAAAUGCAUAUGGUUCAUACGAAGAACUUGCAAAAGAUCCUGAUGUAGAGGUGGUGUACAUCGGGGCAAUCAACACGCUGCACCUUGACAUCGGCAAAUUGAUGUUGGACAAUGGGAAGCACGUUCUCUGUGAGAAACCGCUCACAGUGAACCUCAAGCAAACCACGGAGCUCAUCAAUUAUGCCAAGGAGAAGAAACUGUUCCUCAUGGAGGCUAUAUGGUCACGUUGCUUUCCAGCUUACGAGGCUGUCAAGAAGGAACUUGAAGCUGGCACAAUGGGGGAAGUGCUCCAGGUGAUUGCCAACUUUGGCGUUGUCGUAGCAGACGUCGAUAGGGUCAAACUGAAGGAGUUAGGUGGAGGCACCAUCCUGGAUCUGGGUGUAUAUGUUCUUCAGCUUGCUCAGUUUGUAUUCGGUCCAUCGCCACCGGAGCGCGUCGUGGCACAAGGCGAAUUAAACGAGAAUGGUGUCGACACAAGUACAAGUAUAACUCUAAAAUACAAGGGAGGGAGGACUGCCACUCUCUGUACCCAUGCGAGAGUCAAACUGCCAAAUGAAGCAUUCAUUGUUGGAACAAAGGGCAUCGUUAAGAUACUCGAGCCGUUCUGGUGCCCAACAAGUAUAACUACCCCAGAGAAGACAAAAGAAUUCAUCCUGCCAAAUGCACCCAAGCCAUUCAACUUUACCAACAGUGCUGGUCUCCGCUAUGAGGCAACAGAAGUGCGACGCUGCCUCAAACAAGGUCUGUUGGAAAGUCCAAAGGUGAGUCAUGAGGAAAGCCUGAUUCUGGCCCAACUUGAAGAUGAGAUCCGUAAGCAACUUGGUGUUAAAUACGAUCAGGACUAGCGGUGGAAAGCUAUGCUGAAACGUCGGUAGAGAGUUUAUGUUAAUACAAAAUAGAUUUCAUUUAAAUUUAGUCACACUAUAAGGAGGAAAUGAAACAUAAAGAGUUUUUACUGGUUAAAACUGUGUAAUUAAAAUUCUUAUAUCUAUGUUCGUACUUGUAUAUAUAUAUAUGUGUGAUAUACGGGGAAACUACACGGCAUUUGUUUACCACAUUCACUCGUUACUGUAACCAAUCUUAUCACCGAAAUGUAAUUUCUAUUUUGAGUGGCUGUAGAAUGCAGCAAAGUUUCAAACCAUGAAUGGCAAGAAGAGUUGAUGCAUCGAUGACUGUUUUAAAAGUCAUCUAAAUAUUACCACAGGUUUGAUUACUGUGUCUUAUUCUGGCACUUUUUCCACUGAGUGCAGGUUAAAUAAUAAAAUGUCCAUAAAUAUC